AUGAAGAGGUGUCAACGAGCUGGCUUGCCACUUUAUCCUCCUGAAGUAGUUGUGCAAGCAUUUCAAGAUAGUAAACAUGGGCAAAGUGAAAUUAGAGAUGGAGAUGGAGGUCAACAUGAUUUUCUGGAGGAAAACAAUUAUGAGAUACAUGAUGCAAUAUUUGACCGUCUGAAGGAAAAUCAUGAAAGCUUACCUUUUGUGCCAGAGCUACCUGAUAUUUCUGCCAACAGCAUUCUGCCAAAUGUUCUUGGUUCUGCUCCAUUAUGUAAUUUCCUGCCAUCCACAUUACCUCACCAUGAUCAUCUUCAAGAGUCAACCAUGUCUUUUAUCAAUUCCACUGAAUUGAACAGUAAUGGGUUUUAUCCAUUUGACCAAUUUAAGGAUAAUACUUCUGAUAAAAUUGCAGAAUCAUUUGGAUUCCAUUCUCCCUUUGAUCAUGGUGCCUCCUCUUAUGGCUCAAUUUGUUACGGCCAUUCACUAUCUAAUGACAAUUACUCUACUUCUAAGCUGACUUCUGAGGCUGUGAGGUCAAAUGACAAUUACUCUACUUCUAAGCUGGUUUCUGAGGCUGUGAGGUCAGAGCUCCCUUCACUCCAAUAUCCAGCAGAUACUGAAUUUGGUUGUUGGGGUACCUCUCCCCCAGCUCCAUUGAAUGAGUCUUUUGAUGUUUUCAUUCAUUCUCCUCAACCACCUUAUGCACUAGACUCAGGGUCUUCUUCACUCAAUCAUUAUUUACUUGAUGAAUAUCUUUAUCAGCAGGCCAAGACUCUUAGUUGUUCAAAGAAUAAUUGGUCUGACAAGAGUUCGAGUUCAUCUAUUGCAACUCCUGGUGACAGAGCUGAGAGUUCGGCUUUGAACAUGUAUGAGACAGAGUGGGAGGAUUAUGCUGACCCUGUAUCUCCCUUUGGUGCAACAUCAAUCCUGAAUGAACAUCCUGUUGUUAGCACCAAUGGAAAGUCGUGGGAUGGAUGGGAACCUUUUCAUACAUUUAGUGGCAACAAUGAGAAAUUGCAGUCAGUUGACCAGGUUUUAGCCCCUAAGAGUGAAAAUCAACAUAUGUCUAUGCUGAAUCUCACUUGGCCAGAUGUAACCCUGGCCUCAGAUUGGAAUGAGAUGUAUCCUGUGCAUGAUGGCAUGAACCAAGCUGACAUGAUUGAUGUUAGUGAUGAUUUCAAUACACAGUAA